AUGACGCUGUUUCCACUUACGUUCAUCUUUACUUAUUCCAUUUUGCUUAUUGGGGCAUAUGCAGGCAAAUGGAACAAUCAAACAAGCUCUCUUCUGUCUCCUGAAUAUCUUUCGGCUUUGGGUGCUAACGAAGCUGCCCGGCGAGCGAACGCCAGCCGCAGCGAGACUUCAAACUUGAGAGGAGAGACACUCUCUGCUCACUCUCUAGUGCAGCAGUGGGUGCAGAGACAGCAUCAGGUGUCUUCCACAACAGGCACUAUUCCACAGCUGGGAGUUAUCGCAGAGUCCGAAUGGGACUACAAAGAACACGGGGCUGACUGGACACAAGGAAAGUGCAAGACAGGCACACGCCAAUCUCCCGUUGAUUUGCACAUUGAAGGAUUAGAGGAACCUCCACAGAAGAACAUGACACAACUGUAUCUGAGUGCUUUCUCUGGCGAGCGAGCAGCCUCGAUGCCCAGCAAGCUCUGGAAGAAGGGAGACUUCUUUUACACUUACCCUAACCAGCUCAGCAAUGUUUUGUUGUACAGAACAGACAAGAGCAGCGUCAACCUGCCCGAAGUGGAGCGCGUGGUGGCUGAGAACAGCAAAGGCGGCAAGGACCCUUCUCUUCCUUCUUCGCACUGGAGAGUUAUUUCUUUGACUUUCAUGAGCGAAGAACUCGACCAGGCCAGUCUUGAAGAACUGAGGGGACUCCCAUCUGAAAAACUGUUGAGGACGCUACUAAUGGCAGACAUUUCAAACAAACAGGCUCAAGGAGAUUCUCAAUUACUUGAGCUCCCUCACCCUUUGAACCUGCAGUCCCUGAUGAUGAUGUUACAACUGACAAAUCAGGAGUUCUUUGCUUACGACGGGAGCCACACUAUGCCUGGAUGUGAAGAGAACGUCAGGUGGUAUGUCGCCCGCCAGCCUUUGCCCGUCGCUACAGAUACCAUGCUAAGGUUCUACAAAAUGUUAAAUCCCAAGACUCUGAAGUCGGUUAAAGAAAAAGACGGGAACUUCCGCGAGCUCCAAAAUGUCGAAGGCAACAUGCAUAACGACGGGAACGUUUUCCUAGUGCAGGGUUUUCCUCUACAAGUGCUCAUUGCUGAUAGCUUGGGAUUUACAAACAUGUCAGAUCAGGCAGAAGUCAACGCCAGCACCUUCCAGGGAUGGUUUCAAGAGAGCAAAGCUGUUUCUACGCCAACUUGCUUAUCCUUGUUGGCUGUUACGCUGUCACUUGUUGCGGGCUUGCUAUUGUGA